AAGAGCCCGCCUCCUGUCCCAUAAGGCCCUGCUCCGGAAACUUCACUCUCUCUUCCUGUCUCUCAUCAUGGCGCAGGAUCAAGGGGAAAAGGAGAACCCCAUGCGGGAACUGCGCAUCCGCAAGCUCUGCCUCAACAUCUGCGUGGGGGAGAGCGGGGACAGACUGACGCGGGCAGCCAAGGUGCUGGAGCAGCUCACGGGCCAGACCCCUGUCUUCUCCAAAGCCAGAUACACCGUCAGAUCCUUUGGCAUCAGGAGAAAUGAAAAGAUUGCUGUCCACUGCACAGUCCGGGGGGCCAAGGCAGAAGAAAUCUUGGAGAAAGGUCUGAAGGUGCGAGAGUACGAAUUACGAAAAAAUAACUUCUCGGAUACUGGAAACUUUGGUUUUGGGAUCCAGGAACACAUCGAUCUGGGGAUCAAAUAUGACCCAAGCAUUGGCAUCUACGGCCUGGACUUCUAUGUGGUGCUGGGUAGGCCAGGUUUCAGCAUCGCAGACAAGAAACGCAGGACAGGCUGCAUUGGGGCCAAACACAGAAUCAGCAAAGAGGAGGCCAUGCGCUGGUUCCAGCAGAAGUAUGAUGGCAUCAUCCUUCCUGGCAAAUAAAUUCCCGUUUCUAUACAAAAGGCCAAUAAAAUGUUUUCAGUGAAAUGUA